AGUUGAUAUUUGACCACUCAACAGUGAAGAAAUUUUGGCAGAAAUACGCACAGUCCAACAAAAUUUAAUAUAAAUUCAGUAAUGGUCCAACAACCACCCAAUCCCGCCUACUUUGCUGUUGGGCCGAAAUCUCAUGAGGUCACCUGUCCUUACUGUAAACAAUCCGCCAAGACAACUGUGAGGAGAACCAUACUGCGUUGUUGUGGAUCCCGACAACAUUACUGCUCGCAAUGCGGCGAAUACUUGGGUACCUAUAGGCGGCCACAAUUGUAAAUAAUUUGCUAUUGUUUACUUAUUUUAAAUUUUAUUUAUGUAUUUUAAAUGAUUUUC